UUCACGGAACCGAGCCAACGUCAUCACAGGCGCAUGUUGGUUUCCUUGGACGACCUUGCAGCGGCCUUCGAGCAGGGCAAGAAAGCUGCGCCUCUGGAACAGUGGGCACGUGAUGUCUAUCGUCGCAUUGCUGCAGCUUUGAAACGACAGGGUUGGACCGCCAAAGAGGUCUUUGAUAUGGUCUGCCAGCACCGGCGAGCGCAGAAGAGUGAGUUCUAUGCCCUGGUGAACAACUUGGAGCUUGGUCUUCGUUCUGAACAACUGGACUGGCUGUGGAAGUUGAGCGAUAGCAACAGCGACGGGCUGUUGGACUACAACGAGUUCGCGCAACGCCUGGUGGAGGUGACUGGAAUCAGCAGCACAGCAUAUCCAGUGCCAAAGCCUGAUGAGGUUGAAGAGAUGUCGACCAGUGCUCAUAGCAGUGCCGGCUAUGUGGUGCUCAGUGACUCAGAUGUCCUGGAUCCCCCGAGCUCCACCAUUUCCGCCGCCGCCGCGGCGGCAGAGAUGUCUGAGGCCUGGCAUGACAUUUGCCUGGCGAGACUUCUGCGAGCCGCUCAGGAAGUGGGCUGGAAAACGGUUGACAAGGCGGUGGAAAACGUGCCAGUUCGCGAGGACGGGUUGGUUGCCAGGGCCGAGCUUCUUGCGUUCAGUGUGCGAUGUCAUGCCGCCCUAUCCGAUUGGGAGCUGGAUAAGAUGUUCGCGCGUCUCGAUGGUGAGAUGCGUGGGGCUAUUCCCAAGCGAAGCAUCAGGACCGCCCUGAUGUGCUGCGACGUCUUAGAAGCGCCUACACAGGCCUCCAUCCGUCGUGCAGUCGAGUGUCUCAGCAGAAUCCAUCAGGACAUCUUGCGCUUCCGCCCGGCCACCACGGAGGCUGCGCUGCGGAGCGUCUUCCUUGAGGUCGCGGCCUCGAAACAGCCCUUGCGUAUCCAGCGGGAGGAAUUAGCCGCCGCAGCCGGGCGCCUGGGUGUUGAGCAGGUCUGGUUGGAUGAGUUGUGGUUUGCAGCUCCCAAGUUGAGAGACAACUCCCUGGACAUCGACUCAUUCUGCAAACAGGUGGAGUUGUCUCCAAUGCCUGGAGAGAAGGAUGAUGACACCAUGUCGGACGAGCAUGCGGCCAUUCUGAUGGGUCGCUUGGGCAAGGCCUUGAAACGCUUCGGAGGAACGGAGAAGGCCUUUCACAUGUACCAGCCUGGGGCAGAUGGCUGCCUUUCUCGGACAGAGAUGGAAUCGGCCAUCGCUGAGAUCACCAAGGAUCUCUUCUCAGCUCACGAGAGAAUGCUGGUGGUGCGAAGGAUGGAUGCCAACAGCGAUGGGCGGAUCAGUCUCAGGGAGUUGGAGACGGCAGUCGCCAGCGCCAGUGUCUCUGCCAUCGCCUUUGGUAGCUGGGCGGAAGACGUGUGCGCCAGGGUCUCGCAGGCGCUGCAGCGGGAGAACCGCAGCGUGGAUGACUUGUUCGAGGCCCUGGCAGGCACCAAAGGUGGCCGCGCGGAGAUUCACUGGCAAGAUUUCCGGGGGCUCUUUGCCCGGUUGGACCCCACCCUGACGGAUGGACAACUGCGGCGACUGUGGCAGCUCUUUGAUAAGAACGGCGACGGCGGUGUGUCUCGCGAGGAAUUCCAUCGAGCCUUGGAACCUCAACGCGAGGUGGUAACGCAAGAGGUGUCCGAUGCAGUGGCAUCCCUUCCAGCCUUACUGAGCCGUCUGGCGCGCGCCAUGGGUCAGAGCAAGUUGCCCUUGGCACAGGCGCUGAAUGUCUACAGCCGGGGCAUUGUAGGCCUCACCUUGGAAGCUUGGCUGGACGCCUGUCGCGGCCUCUCCCUACCCUUCAGUCGCCAUGAGGCCACAGCGCUGCACGCCGCCAUGGCUCGUGGUCCUGGCGCUGGCGCCAUUUCACCUGAGGCAAUUGCUGCGGAGGUGAACCGCACCAGUGCCAGGGGCGUUCCAGAGGAACGUUGGGCACAAGACUUUGUGGCGCAGAGGAUGCAACUUGCGCAUGAGGCUCAGGAAUGCACUGUGGCAGAGGCGGUUCAAGCCGCAGCAGACGGAGAAGCCGUGAGUGAG